CGUACUUCAACAAGGUAGUUGCUGUGAAAAUGGAGACGAUUCUGGAUUUCAGUAAGGAAUUGGACAUCAAGCUGCUUGAUUCCGUCGUGGAUGCGUUCUACAAUGGAUCGGGUGAAACACAGAAACAGGCACAAGAAGUUCUCACCAAAUUUCAGAACCAUCCGGACGCUUGGACUCGCGCAGAUCAGAUUCUUCAGUACUCGUCUGAUCCCCAGGCCAAAUAUAUUGCGUUAUCGAUACUGGAUAAUUUGAUCAAAACCAAAUGGAAAGCCCUUCCUGAGGAGCAACGUCUGGGGAUCCGUAACUUUAUUGCCAGCAUGAUCAUUGUGAUGUGCGACGACGACGCGCAGUUUGUUUCCCAGAAAGCUCUGAUUCAGAAGAGCGAUUUGACGCUGGUCCAGAUCAUCAAGCAAGACUGGCCUGCCAACUGGCCCAACUUCAUUCCGGAGAUCGUGCAGUCGAGCCGUGCUGGAUUCAACGUGUGCGAGAACAACAUGGUGAUCCUCAAAUUGCUGUCGGAGGAGAUCUUUGACUUCUCAGCUGAGCAAAUGACCCAGGCGAAAGCCAAGUCUCUCAAAACGAGAAUGUGCGACGAGUUUUCAGAAAUUUUCAAAUUGUGCUUCGAAGUCCUCGACAAAGCCUCUAAACCUUCGUUGAUAGUAGCCACGCUGAAGUCUCUGCUCAGAUACAUUCCAUGGAUUCCACUGGGAUACAUUUUCGAGACCGAUCUGCUCAACUUGCUCUCUACCAAGUUCUUGCCCGUCGAGGAGUUCAGAUCCAUCACUCUCAAAUGCUUAACCGAAGUGUCUCAGCUCAUUGCUCACCAAUACGACGAUAAAUUCGUGACUAUGUUUGCUCUCACAACGGAAAAUCUGCUCAAGAUCAUUCCUAUCGACAUAGAUCUUAAAAACACAUACAAGUACGCAAAUUCCGCCGAUCAGGAGUUUUUGCAAGAUUUGGCAAUGUAUCUGGUCACGUUUCUUUCGAAUCACUUAGAACCACUGGAACAGAAUACCAACCUUAGGGAGUUGUUGCUCGCUGCCCAUCAAUACCUUGUUGGACUCUCGCGGAUCGAGGAAAGAGAAUUGUUCAAAACCUGUCUUGAUUACUGGUCUAAGCUUGUCUCUGGCCUUUAUCAAGAGAUUCAAACACUCCCGUUACAAGACGCAUCACCUUUGAUGCAGUUACAGUAUAAUACUAGAGGUGGUGCUUUGAAUCCAGAAAUACUCAGGAAUUACAAUCUCAGAAAGAAUAUUUAUAGUGACAUUCUGUCAAAGUUGAGAGUCGUCAUGAUUGAGAACAUGGUUAGACCUGAAGAAGUCUUGGUUGUGGAAAAUGAUGAGGGAGAAAUCGUGAGAGAGUUCGUCAAAGAAAGUGACACGAUUCAACUGUACAAGUCGAUGAGGGAGGUCCUAGUGUACUUGACACAUCUGGAUAUAAAUGAUACCGAGGCAAUCAUGUCUGCAAAGCUUGCAAGUCAGAUUGAUGGUUCAGAAUGGUCGUGGCAUAACAUCAAUACCUUGUGUUGGGCCAUUGGAUCUAUUUCAGGGUCAAUGGACGAAGAACGCGAAAAGCGAUUCCUGGUCACCGUUAUCAAGGAUUUGCUUUCACUGACCGAAAUGAAGAGAGGCAAAGAUAACAAAGCUGUUGUCGCUUCUAAUAUCAUGUACAUCGUUGGUCAGUACCCAAGAUUCUUGAAAGCACAUUGGAAGUUCCUGAAGACUGUUGUCAACAAGCUCUUUGAGUUUAUGCAUGAAACUCACGAGGGUGUCCAGGAUAUGGCUUGUGAUACGUUUAUCAAGAUCACCCAAAAGUGUAAGAGGCACUUUGUCGUUCAACAGCAGGGAGAGACGGGGCCAUUUAUUGACGAGAUCAUUCGUAACAUUCAAGAAACCACAUCUGAUCUUCAGCCUCAGCAAGUGCAUACUUUCUACGAAGCUUGUGCUACCAUAAUUUCCGCUCAGAACUCUACACAAAUCAGAAACAAGUUGCUCUCCGAUCUUAUGCAUCUACCAAAUGUCGCCUGGAGGGCUGUUGUCCAACAAGCUGGUGAUGAUCCACAGCUCCUUUCAAAUUCAGAUAUUGUGAAAAUUAUCGCUAAUAUCAUCAAAACAAAUGUUGCAGUUUGCACGCCAUUGGGCCCUGGUUUCUACACUCAACUGGGUCUUAUCUAUGUUGACAUGUUGUCUCUUUACAAUGCCGUCAGCGGGCUGAUCUCUGACGCCGUUGCGAAUGACGGUUUGAUCGCCACCAAAACGCCAAAGGUGAGAGGUUGGAGAACCAUCAAAAAGGAGAUUUUGAUUCUGAUCGAGACAUACAUCUCCAAAGCUGACAAUCCAGAGGAGAUCGUUCGUGAUCUGGUUCCAAACCUGCUGUCUGCGGUUUUGCAAGAUUACAAGACCAACGUUCCAGAUGCCAGAGAUGCAGAGGUUCUGAACUGUUUGUCCACGCUUGUCGAAAAGGUCGGAGAGCUCAUUCCUGAUGAGAUUGUUCUUAUUCUCGCCAACGUUUUCGAGGUCACUUUGAAUAUGAUCAACAAGGACUUCACGGAGUAUCCUGAACACAGAGUUGAAUUUUACAAGCUGCUUCGUGAGAUUGAUCUCAAAGGUUUCAACGCCUUGGUUCAAUUCCCACCUGAGUCCUUCCAGUCCUUUAUUGACGCUAUAUUGUGGGCCUUCAAGCACAACAACAGAGAUGUCGAAAAUACCGGUCUGACUCUCUGUGUCGAGCUGUUGAAGAAUAUAGAGGAUUUGGGAUCUAACGCUUUUGCUAUUGGAUUUUACAAAAAUUUCUAUUUCCCUAUUCUCAGCGAUAUCUUCUAUGUCCUGACGGACUCGGAUCACAAGGCGGGCUUCAGACUGCAGUCCCAACUGCUGGCUAAGCUUCUUGAACUGGUGUUGGAAAACAAGAUCACAGAACCAAUUUAUCAGAAGGAUGCUGCUCCAGAAGGUACUCCCAACUCCCUCUACCUCAAGGAGUACAUUGCCAACAUGCUUAUAAGCGUUUUCCCUCAACUGAACCAGGAGCAGGUCAACAACUUCUUGCAGGCUCUUUUCUCCUCAUACAACCAACAAAACAAGUUCAGAGGAACACUUAGAGACUUCCUGGUGCAAAUCAAGGAGUUCGGUGGAGACCCAACCGAUUACUUGUUUGCCGACGACAGAGAGCAAGAGCUGUUGGAGAAGAACAGGCAAGAAAAAGAAAAAGCCCGUCUUGUCGGCGGUUUGUUGAAACCUUCGGAGAUGGACGAGUAGUGAUGACGUAAUCAAAUUUGGCAUAG